AUGGCACCGGGAAGGAAAUCAGACAAAUAUUCGUUGCAAGCGCAUGAUAUCUAUUUCAAAAAGCGCCAAGCGGUAGGCAACUGCCCGGCAGAGCUGCAAGACUUGUUCAAGCUCGUGAUUGGCAUUAAAGAUCUCAGAGCCGACCAUUUUGGUGGUUACGAAACAGCAGGCUCCAAUCAUUUGCUGGUUCCAAGCAAGGCAUUCGCAGCAUAUAGUCCUAGACAACAGUAUGAACGGGAGUUGAAGUUUGAAGCAGACGAGUUAUUCAUAACCUGCAGUGACAAACGCCGCGCGGAUGACAACGAGGAGAAUCGCCCAUUGAUCAACAGAACAAGUGAAAGGAGUAUUAUACGGCGAGUCGAAAAGUGGGCUAAUGAUUCAGAAGAGGAUAUAUGUAAGGAGCGGUUAAAGCACUUGAAUUUACCAAAUUUCGAUACGGUUGGUCAACUCGCAUACCCUGAAUUCGAGAAUGAAGGGAAGAAGAUACCGGAUCUAACAAUUGGUCUUCACUCCUACGACUUGAAUCAAUGGGCUGAUACGCCCGACCUCAUGCUAUUACGCGAUGAUCGGGUCCGGAUGUUCGAUCAGAAACUGCUCAGAAAACUCGAAGACUACGGUUACAUCACUCCUCCGUUCUCACAGCCUGGAUCACACGGAAGAAGCGUGGGCGACAUAUCUCUUACCUUUCCCUUUGCAUUUUGGGAAGCAAAGCGUGAAGGAGGUGGGUCUGACCACCAAUCCGCCGAGACACAGAAUGCGAUAAGAGUGAAGAUGAUUCUUGACUGGCAAGACAAUAUCGGCAAAAGCGCAGAUAUCCCUUGGUGUCCAUUGGUUUGGUAUUUUGUUAGCAUUGGGUCCAAGUGGGAAUUACAUGGAUGCCAUUUCCAGCCCAACACCAACGCAUCGGACGGCCGCAUUUGCGUACUUAUAAUGCUGUGGUCUGGAGACUCGGCCAACAUCGAUGAAGCCCUGCAACUUUUAUAUAUCAUCGACAUCAUUGCUCUGUGGGGUGAACACAAGUAUAAACCCUUUUCUGGAGCUUGCAUCCGCCGGUUUGAGGCUGAAUUGAACAACAAAGCUCCUCCUCCGUUGGACGAUACACUUCUUGCGCACCAAAUGGAAAUCAAUAAGGAGACAUUCUCAUGGUUAUUUCCAGAACCACAGAGCCAGCUUGCGUCGCCUGCACACCUCAUAACUCACCACCAAUCACAGAAUUUAAUAUCAAGGCGUCUCGGUCAUUCACCAAAUCCGGAGUCAUCGCAAUUGCUACGAGGGAUAGGACAGUUGUCGCUGACAUCUUUCGCAAGGGACUAUACCAUCCCGGAGCGCGACUAUUUCAUUUGGCUCCAUGAUCGAGAUCACUAUGAUGGAGAUCUUCUGAUUGUCCGUGUUGAUCGGGAAGGCUACAUUUUGCCCCCACUCGUGGUCUUCCAUUCUUCACGUUGGAAACGGCGCGAUUUUAGAGAAGUCCUUAAGGAAGAACGAGCGAGGAUCCCAGACAACGUCUUGACUGAGUUCAGAGUUCAAGAAGAAAGGACUUCAUACGUUAAGAAUUGCGUGCUCCAGGGUCCUAAGUAUUUUCGCGAGCCUCAGACUCAAUUCUGUGCCAUUGUUCCAUUGGAUCGCAGAGCUUACGAGCGUCAACGGGGCCUUGAUUCUAUGGAAGAAACACCUUUUGCAAGCUUUGAGAGGCGUCUAGGUCUUCCUCGACUUGUCAGGGAUGCCGGAAAGGCAAAUGACCAGUGGUGUGAAUGCGAAGCUCCAUAUAACGAGUACAGCCCGAGCAUGAUACAAUGUGAUAACCUCAAAUGCCCCAUGGGCUGGUAUCAUAAGAAGUGUGUCGACUUGGAUGAAGACUUCACUGCUGACCGAUGGCUCUGCGACCAAUGUUUAAGGAAUUGGAAAUCAAACGAAAUGUCCUACUUUGACGACAAAAAGAUCAGUGAAAAAAUACGCGAAGCCAGCGAUGCCCGCAUCCAACGGGCGAGGACCCUCGCCCGCGUUUGGGAAGAACAUGAUUGGCCGAGCGCAGAGAAAGUCCGCCGUUUCGUCAAUAGACUCUCCUGUCGGAUCAAUAUCAGGACAACCUCUAAGAAUACGUUCGACACUGUCCCGGAUCUCAAUAUCAAAGAUAUCGGAGAAUCCAGAUGCUGGGCCAUAGUCAGGGAUGUCCCAAAAGUGAUGAUGGCAGUUCGCCCUGUCGGACAGGGAGUUGUCCGAGGGACAAACCAAAGAGCCAGGCGUAUCACCGAUCGGUGA